GCAGACGCCCAGGCAGACCUGCAGACGGUGACCACGAACACCAUGACGAUGUUGGAGAGCGACAACAAUCUGCAGCAGGCCAUGGCGGCUCUGAUACAGCAAGCCGCCGGCGGUGUCGCUACCGCCAGCGCAGCCGCCCAAGCGUUAGCCACGGCGACCACGGCCGCCGCAGCCAUGCAGUCCGCUGAUGGCUCGGCGCCUCCCCCUCCGCAAGCAAAGCCAAUCCGCAUCCCGAAGGAGCUGGACGAGGCCUUGAGCAAGCUCCAUCCUGAGAUGGAGACUUACGUGCAAUGGUUCACACCAACAGGCGCCUGA